CAUCGGGCACGUGACACACAUUGUAGUAUACAACCAGACAGCUGGUUCUUACCAAAAUAUAAAAAAAACACUGCGACUACAUUUUCCAAUUAAAAUUCGUGUAAAAGAAAAUUCCUGUAACAUUACAUUGGCUGCAGCAAUUCAGUUGACAUUUAGAACUCCAAGAAACAACAACGAUAAGCGGGAAAAGGAAUACGGAAGUUUAAAUUAAAAAUAAUAAAUCUAAUUCAAUUAAUUUAAAAUAAAGUUUUUCUCGAAAAGCUUUAGUUAAACACAAAUGUCCACCUUAAGUGUUUUAAAUUACAAUUUAUCAUCGGGAUUAAAUAUGAAAGUGAACAACCAAAACUCUAGCUCCAAUGGAGUAAUUAAUGGCAAUAAUGCCCUAAAUAAAACUUUUAAUAAGAUAACGGUGCAAAAUGUUUUAAGUGAAAAUAAUGGCAAUUCUUUGAAUAUAACCAAUGGUAAUCCUAAUGCUAUUGUAAGGAAAAUUAAAGAUUUUGGCAUGAUAGGCUCAGUGAAUAAUGCAUCUGGAGCGGCCAGUUUAAACAUGAAUCCACGCAAGAGACCUUUAACGGAAAAUAAACAAAACCAAAAACCCACUGAGAGUAAACCUACAGCCUCAGCUAGUAAAAAGCCCAAGUUAACCAAGGAAGAAAGAGCAGCCAUACGUUUGGCCAAGAAGGCAGCAAAGGAGAACUCUAGCAUAACGAAGUCAAAUACUAAAGAUCAGCCCAUGGCUUUGAUGCAACAAGUCAAAAUACCCGGCACUCCUGGACGCAAAGGUUUGCCCUUGCCCCAGGCGGUAGCUAGACGCAAUGCUCGCGAACGUAAUCGUGUUAAACAAGUCAAUAAUGGUUUUGCCGCUUUAAGGGAGCACAUACUCGAAGAGGUGGCUGAGGUAUUUGAAAAUCAAGGCACUAAUAGAGGCUCAUGCAAAAAGUUUAGCAAAGUUGAGACUCUAAGAAUGGCGGUGGAAUAUAUAAGAUCUUUGGAGCGUUUACUGGGUUUUGAUUUUCCUACAGGCUCUGGACAACUCAACUCCUCUAGUGGUGAAGAAAGUUUUAGUUUAAUAAAAGAUGAAUUUGAUGCUUAUUCCCCCACCAUGGAAGAACAAUUCGAUGACUCCUUAAGUCACUAUGACAAUGAGGAAUUUUUCUCUUCAAACACCAGUCAACAGCAAACCCAAUUGCCCUCCUCAUCUCCACAACCUACAGCACAAAUGGAUAUGUUACCCAAUAUAACUACACUUAAUGGUCUACAAUAUAUAAGAAUUCCAGGGACAAAUACCUAUCAACUCUUGACCCCAGAUAUAUUCGUAGGUACGGCCACCUCGCCACCAUCCUCGACUAUUGAUGAAGAACAUUUUAAUGCAUUAAUUGACACUAAUUGUGUAAGUCCUUCAUCAUCGUCAACGCCAAGCAUAAUGCAACAACAAACAACUACUACAGCUGAUCAACAAUCGCCUUCACCACCAUCAAUUAAUUCCACUGAGGUAAUAAGAAGGGUACAAGAAACAACAGCACCUGUCUUAACUACAACUACAGUAACUAAUGGAGAAAAUAUAAACGAAGGGACUGCUACGUUAUCUUCAUCAUCAUCUUCUUCUUCAUCAACAGUAACUGCUACAACAUCAUCAUCAACUUCGUUAUUAUUAUCGCCCGUGCCACAAAACCAACAACAGCAAAUAAUACCACUAUUAACGGCAACAUCAUCCCCCAGUACAAGUCCAGUAUUACAUCAACUACAUACAUUAUCACCUGCCACAACUAAUGAUCAACAUCAUCAACAACAGCUACAACAGACCAUCAGACAAACGUGUGCCGCUAAUCAACUACAACAACAGCAAUUUCUACUACCAAACUCAAAUGACCAGCAAAUAGGAAUGUUGCACAUGAUUAAACAGGAGUAUCCUGAAGAACCCUCUUCUAAUAUUUAUCAACAAACAUCACCUUCACAACAACAGCAACAACAUUUACAGGUUUAUCAUCACUCUACCAUGUCUCCACCUUUAGAACGCCAAACACCCACUACAUCGACUGCCUCGUCUUCCUCCUCCUCUCAUAUGUUGCAACAAUUCUUCCCUCAUGAUCAAAAUUCUUCUUCAUUUUAUGAAGGAAUUGCUACCAUGAAAAAGGAAUUUAACGAAGUACUCCUAGAUGCCUCUCACAACACCAAUGUUUUGUCUGAUGAAAGCAUGAUUGAGGCAAUUGAUUGGUGGGAUGCUCAUACUCCCAAAUCGGAUGGUGGUUCAUUAAUGAUGUAAAUGAGGAAAAGCUAUAAGGAAAUGUCUAAUUGUUUCCUAUGUUGGAUUUGAAACAAAUGUUUCAAAAGGUUAAAAUAAGGUACCUUUACUUUAAAAUGUACUAUUUUAUUUAAUGCUGCAUUAUCUUAAGGGAGAUAUUUUAAGGAGCAGAUCAAAACUUUAAGAGUUUCUCAACUCCAAAGUAUCUGAAAUAUCCGAAUCUUUUAAGUAAUGAAAGAAAAAAAUCCCCAUGUCAAAUAUUGGUACUUUUAUUUCUAAUACAAAUGGUUGGAGCUAUGAAUAUAAUUGAUAAAGUCAAAGUGGCUAUUCAUUUAAAGAAAUGUUAAUUUAAAUUAUAUUGAUGAUUUAAGGUUUCAUUAAA